AUGGAGACUGAUUCAAAUGAGAUAAAUAUGGAGAGUUCAGAUUUAAUUCCUUCCGAAUGGCAUGAAAAAUUCCUUACAUUAUUAAAAGAAGAAAAGGAGUUAGAAAUAGCUGAAAAUAAAGAAUUAUAUGGAUCUAGUGAUUUUGAAGAUAAUAAUAAUAACGACAAUGAUACCAAUGAUGAUGACGAUGAUGAUAAAGAUGAAACUGAUUAUGAUAAUACCGGUAAUAAUGAUGAUGAUACUGACUCUAUCGAUAAAUAUACAAAAAAAGAACAAGAACAGUGUGAUUUGCUAUGUAAAGAUGAGAAGAACGAAUUUCUUUCUAGCUGCUUUACAAAUUAUAAACUUCAGAGCAAUGAAAAUAAUUCGGUUGAUGAAAUACAUGAAAAAACAAAUGAUCUAAAGUACUUACUGAAUCUCUGUGGAUUUAAUUUAACAUGUUUAGAUUUAUCAUGUUAUCCUACUUCUCAAUUAAUGCCAAUAAUCAAUGCCAAUUGUCCGAAUCUUUGGAGCCUUGCAUUAGGAUUCAGAGAAAUAACAAGUCAAGAUUUUGAAAAUUGUUUUUCUAAUAUGUCGCACGUUCAAAGGCUGACGAUUGACUGGGAAUGUAAAAAUUCAACUCUACCAAUGACUUUAGCCAAGUCAUUAGAACAAAUUAGUGGAACCUUGAAAAGUUUGGAACUUUCAUGUUAUUUACAAGGAAAUGAUAUUUUCUCUCCAGAUUCACUGGCUUCGGUAUUUCCUCGGCUAAUUGCUUUGAAACGUUUAAAAAUAAAUGAACUUUUGAUUAAUAUUUGUAAUAAUAAUAGAAAAUUAAACAGUUUACAUAUAACUGGCACAAAUAUAACUGAUAUUGGUAUGAGUGCAAUUAAUAAUUUAAAACAAUUAUUGACAUGGCUGAAUAUAUCAGAUUGCAUCAAUAUCACUGAUAAAUCAGUACUUAAACUUGUUGAAAAUUUGCCAAAUUUAGCAGAUUUAUCUAUCAAAAAUACAAAGGUAACUCGUGAAGCUGUCGAAAAAAUAUGUGAAUCAAGAAAACAACGUAAUGAAUUGAUAGACAUACAUUAUUCUUCUAAAAAUGAUGAUUGA